AUGCUUGCCAACUGCCCACCACGUGCGACUCCUGUAUGCCUCAAGGCGCACACCGAGCUUGUGCAUGACCAGAAAGCUAGGAAGGGCGACUCCUUAAUUCCAGGAGUCAGAGCAGAGAAGCUAAAUCUCCUACCAUCUUCAGGUUGCUUGAGCUGCCCCUUGUUAAUCGACUGCACAUCUCCAGCGGGUUUCUCGUUCCUCUCCCAGACUGUUGCCACUUUAGGUCACGAUAUUAAGGGCAAUAUCAACACCUGUAUUGGACCUCAGUCGAUUACUCAGCCAGACUUUGAGUGCGGUGCAGUCCCGUCUUCGGCGCGUAUGGGCGUCCCGCCGCCAGCAGAAGCGGCGCCUCCUGACGCAGGCCGUGCAGGUCCUGCGAGGUGGAAUGUUCGCUACGAGGUAGUCAGGGCUGCGAGGAGGCUCGGCGUGGACAAAUGGCGGCAGGAGAAGAGACGCCAAGAGGCGAGGCAGGACGAGGAGUGCGUCGAGAUCUUGGAAGACUGUGAUCCCACUACAACAUCCACCACCAGCCCCCCUUCCACCACCACCACACCUUCCACCACUCCUACCACUACGAGGGGGCGCGAAGUCCGGCAGGAUGACAAGGAUUGCAUUAUAAUUGUGCCCAACCCCGAUUGCUCCACGACCACUGUGCCCCCGACCACUGUGCCCCCGACCACUGUCUCCACGACCAGCGCCAGUGAGGAAGCAACUGUGCCUCCAGAAGUCGUCCAGGGAACCGCCGCCGCGCUGAUCGCCGUCUUCGUGUCAGUCCCCGUCGUCGCUGCUCUCGUCGGGGCUAGUUCUAGCGCCGCGGCUGCAGCCAGCGCAGGAGUAGGAGGAAGUGAGGGGGUCGGAGAUGUGGGAGGAGGGCAGGGAGGCCAAGGCAGCCAGGCUCAGUCGUCGCAGCAAUCCAUGCAACAGCCUCCUACACAAAUCGGAUACGUGCAAGUUGUAGGCGAAUUGCAGACCCUUGUAGUAGGUCACACAGGGAGACCCUUGGAGCCCAAGGCGUUCAUGCUCGUGGAGGCGAUCUUAUUCUGUAAGUUUGGGUCAGGGAAGAAUCCUCCUCCUUCCGCCCUCAGUAUCUUUGCCAGGGAAGGGCCUGCUGACCUCCCUCUCCCUAAUACUUAUCCAGGUCUUAGUUAUCCGGGCUUGUUUCUCCACGACAACACGACGGUCAACUCAACGGCCCCCUCAGUGCCUACAGCAACACCACCUUAUGUCGGUGUCGCAGUCGGCCCGGCAACUCCCGAGGAUGGUGAAGAAACCACCGAGGGAAUGAUGUUUCGUGUAAAUGUAACGGACGUCCCUGAAGUAGUAACAGUAGGUGACGAAAAUGAGGUCGAGAAGGAAGAGGAACCCGAAUAUGUAACGGACGUCCCUGAAGUAGUAACAGUAGGUGACGAAAAUGAGGUCGAGAAGGAAGAGGAACUCGAAUAUGUAACGGACGUCCCUGAAGUAGUAACAGUAGGUGACGAAAAUGAGGUCGAGAAGGAAGAGGAACCCGAAGAUGUAACGGACGUCCCUGAAGUAGUAACAGUAAGUGACGAAAAUGAGGUCGAGAAAGAAGAGGAACCCGAUUACGUUACCGAAGACGACGAAGGCCCGUUACCUGUGACGGAGGGUAACGACCGCAACAGGUUCUUUUGCGGAGGUGCCCUCAUCACGCCCAGACACGUCCUCACCGCCGCCCACUGUGUCGCAGUCUCCAGACCCGAAGUGAUCCGACUGGGUGAGCGGGACUUCACGCGGAGCACCGAGUCGCAGGCCUUCGACUACCCGGUCCAGAGAGUCGCCAUUCACCCGCAGUACAACGCCCUCUACAAUUACUUUGAUAUAGCUGUGAUUGAACUUAGAAAUGAGGUGAAGUUCAACGCCCUAGUGCAGCCGUAUUGUCUACCUGCCUCCACACUGAUGCUGGAUGGUCGCACCUGCACUGUCUCGGGCUGGGGGUCACGACCCAACGAGUUUGCGGCGACGCUGCUCACGAGUGUGGAAGUCGACGUGAAGCCCCUGACAGAGUGCAACGACCUGUAUGUCGAGGCGGGGAGUGUCUUCUCAACCAGCUACCCGCAAGGACUGGACGCCACUCUGCUCUGCGCUAGCGGGGGCACCGGCAAAGACGUGUGCAGGGGCGACUCUGGCGGGCCGCUGCUGCUGGACGUGGACGGGCUUGAAACAGAAGUGGGCGUGGUGAGCGCCGGGCACGGCUGCGGCGACCCUCUGUUCCCAGGGAUCUACACUCGCGUCGACGCCUUCCUCGACUGGCUCGACCGUACGGUGUACGGCGUGUGCGCCCGGGCGUCCUUCGCGGCACAGCAAGGAGGGGCGGCAGUGGGGAACGGCACAGGGGUGGGAUGACUGCAGCACUCUGAUGUUAAGGACUCAGUAAGGAGCUGCUCCUCACACAAAUAAAAAAAAGUAGUUCCCAUUGCUGUCAGUUGUAGGCCAAGAAAAAAAAAAAAAACAUAAACAAAGCACAUAGCCACUUUGUUGAUAAACCCAUUGAAAAAGUAUAACACAUCAAUGGUACGAUCAGUAUGGGUGGAUACACCUAGUACUGAUCUGGCUAGAGUAAUAGUCAACCUCUCCAGGAGUAACCAUAGCCAUCUCAUACUGACUUUAAGGUAUGGUAGUGCAGGUAACUCCAAUUGUCGAGCAUGUUAUGAUAUUGACUGAAGCAUGCUUUGGCUUUGUGACUCAUUGCUAUAUAUGCUCCUUCUAAUGCUAAUCACAUAUGAAGGAGACAACUGCGCCUGGUGAAACAUUCACACUGUAUUUAUGACAAAUGUGGUCUCCACCUGUGACUGAGCUGGCUACGAGAUGUCGGAAGGUCCCCAUGGCUUCGAAGCUGAUCCUAGUGACGAAAAUAGCUUACUUCUCUGGGGCUUCGCUAGGCCUCAGGGCCCGUAUCCACGAAAGGUCUCAGACAAUUCUGACUAAAUUUGAGAAGUGUCGGAGGAAAAAAUAGGUCCGUCGUUUGUUUACAUCGU